AGGAAGACUAUAACCAAGCAGUUACAUUUUACACACAAGCUAUUGAUCUGAAUCCAAAUGUUGCUGCCUACUAUGGUAACAGAAGCUUUGCUUACCUUAGGACAGAGUGUUUUGGAUAUGCUCUACAAGAUGCUACCAAGGCACUGCAGAAAGAUCCAAAAUACCUUAAGGCAUAUUACAGACGUGCAUCAGCAAAUAUGGCCCUAGGAAAAUUCAAAUUGGCACUCAAAGACUUUGAAGCUGUUGUAAAAGUGAGACCAAAUGAUAAAGAUGCCAAGGCUAAAUACACAGAAUGUAAUAAGAUAGUGAAGAUGAAUGCCUUUGCUAAAGCUAUAGCCGUCAACGACACCAAAUCUGUGGCAGAAAGUCUAGAUCUAGAAAGCAUGACUAUAGAAGAUGAAUACAAGGGACCAAGGCUUGAAAAUGGGAAUGUGACACUUUCUUUUGUUCAGGAGUUGAUGGACACUUUCAAAGAUCAGAAAAAACUACACCGCAAAUAUGCCUAUCAGAUAUUAUUGAAUGUAUGUAAAUUGUUCCAAGAACAGCCGUCAUUAGUAGAUAUAACAGUGCCUGAGGGAGAAAAGUUUACAGUGUGUGGGGAUAUACACGGGCAGUAUUAUGAUCUCCUAAAUAUAUUCAAACUGAACGGUCUCCCAUCUGAAUCUAAUCCAUAUUUAUUUAAUGGUGAUUUUGUAGAUAGAGGAUCAUUUUCCGUGGAAUGUAUAUUUACAUUGUUUUCUCUCAAACUUUUAUACCCAAAUCACUUUUUCAUGGCCAGAGGUAAUCAUGAAAGUUUCACAAUGAACCAGAUGUAUGGUUUUGAGGGAGAAGUGAAGGAAAAAUAUACUUCCAAAAUGGCUGAUUUAUUUACAGAAGUGUUCAACUGGUUACCACUAUCUCACUGUAUAAACAACAAAAUCCUGGUGAUGCAUGGUGGAUUGUUUAGGGAUGAAAAUGUCACAUUAGAUGAUAUAAGAAAAUAUGAUAGAAAUAGACAGCCUCCUGAAGAUGGUGUGAUGUGUGAGUUACUCUGGUCAGAUCCUCAACCUCAAUGUGGGAGAUCUCAAAGUAAACGAGGGGUCGGUACUCAGUUUGGACCAGAUGUUACAAAGAGGUUUCUACAGAAGAACAAAUUAGACUAUGUGAUAAGAAGUCAUGAAGUAAAGAAUGAUGGUUAUGAAGUUGCUCAUGAUGGAAAAUGUAUAACUGUGUUUUCUGCACCAAAUUACUGUGAUACUAUGGGAAACAAAGGAGCUUUUAUAACAUUGAAGGGGGAAGAUCUCACACCAAAAUUUACAUCAUUUGAAGCUGUUCCUCAUCCAAAUGUUAAACCUAUGCAAUAUGCAAGCUCAUUGUUUGGACUCUUUUAAUGGAGGAUGUAUCUUAGUUACAGUGAUAUUUCUCAACAUCAGACCACAAUACAUCUAACAAAUUAACCACCAACAACAUGUCUUAUUGCAAUGUAUGAAUCAUAGUGUUAUUAAAAUAUAAGGAAUGUAAAUUAUUGAAAAAGAAGACUGAUUACAACAAACACAUACUAUAAUUUUCUUAAAGUGUAUUAAGCUAUAUAUAUGCUGCCUAUAAAUUAUCAUUUUAAAAAGAAUACUUCUAAAAUACCUGUAUGAAAGGAAAUAUGUUUGUGUAAUUUCCUAAAAAGCAACGGCAGAUUCAGGAAAUCACUGCUUAACAGUUGAAACCCUAUAGCAGCAUAUUUUGUUUUGAAACAUUUUAUUCUGUUUACCUAUAAUAUGCAUAUGUGUUUAAUAACUUAUUGAACAAUUAACGGAGGCAUGCCAUAAUUAUGUUACAAGUCUUUAAAGGAUAGACCAUAAGAUUAUGGAAACAUUGGAAACAAUAACAUUUAUUUAUUAUAUAAAAAAUGUUUCAUUACAUAUAGCUUGAUACCCCUUUAAAUGCCCAUCUUUAGCAUAAGCAUCUAGUUUACUCAUAAUUAGUGUUCUGAAUAGUUGUUCCUUUGUUGUGUUCACUAUAAUGCUUGAAUUAGAAGAAAACUAAGUUCAUGUUAAUGUUGUCAUAAUACACUUUUCUCGAGUGUGAGGUGAAAAUUUUCACUAAAAGAACUAGAUUGAUAUCUGUCAUUAAGUUAUUUUGAAAGUCAGUGAUUACUGUAUGUAUGACAUGGGGCAUUAUUUGAAGUAAAGCUUUUAUGUAUUUCUACUCUGUGUAUUCUUUAUAAGAAAUGUUCGCUCUGACAAUCUAAUUAAGCUGGAAGCAGUUUGAAUCAUGACAAAAAAGUUGGAUGCAGUAGUGUUAUAAAAUGAUUUUUGUCUUAAUCAUAACUGAAAUGUGGAAAUGAAAAUAAAUAUUCUUUUGAGCAGGGAAAAAACACAAAUAAGGUUUUACAUUUUUUUUUCAAGUACAUGUAAAAGUCUUCUUCUGCACUGAAGUUUAGCAACUUUUUGACUUGAAAAUAUUUUAACAAAACAAACAAACUGUUACAGCCUUUAGAAAUGUAAAACUAAUUAUGAUCUUAAGCUAUGAUUUCAGUAUCGUUGUGCCUCUCUGUGUAGUUACAAAGUCAGUAGUAUGUCAAAAUAUCAGAGUUGUUAUUGCCAUAUUAACAACUUGAGUGUUGUUAAACUGUAUAAGUAAAUAUUUCCUCAAGGAAAUGUUAUUUGAGCCGCGCCAUGACAAAACCAUGAUCAGGAUCCAUGCUGUUCGCUAUCAGUUUCUCUACUUGUUAUAGAGUAUGUAAGCGAACAGCAUGGAUGCGGAUGCGCAGGCUGGUCUGGAUCCAUGCUGGUCGCAAACCCAUUAUGUUGGUUUUGUCAUGACGCGGCUUAUUUCUGCAUGAAAUUGAGAUGAAAAUUUUCAAGUUAUGCUAGAAAUUUCUUUUCUCAAACAAGCCAGUUAAGUUAGUUAACCAUCUUUGAUAAAUGUCUUUAAUGAUCAAAUUAUUUUUGAUAUUUUUUUUUAUACAAUUUUACCCCUAAAACUACCUAGUUUUAGAUCACAUUUAUUUGAUAUUUAUCGCCUUGAGUAUUUAAAUUAGUUGUUUAAUUAUAUGAAUAGUGCUGUUUGCUGUGUUUACAAUUAGGAAAAACCAACAGACAAGGUUAACACAGUGUACUCUGGUUUUAUCUUGGUAAUUUAGUGUUUAGAAAUGGUACCGGUGUUUUCUACAAAAUGUUUCAUUUCUUUGUUUGAAGCAGAAAUGUUUGAACCAGUAGUUAAAUAUUGCCCAAUCAGGAAGUAAAGCUUUGAAUGUUGUGGUUAAUAGUCCAGUCUGAAUGUCCUGCAUCUUAUUACUUAAUGUUCAACAUCUUAAUUUUACUUAAUAUUGAUCACAUAUUUCAUAUUGAUGUCUGAUUAAGCUUUUACUUUAUUUCAAAAUUGAUCCUCAUUUCCUAAUACUUCAAUUUUCACUUUAAUGCACAAGUUCCUUCAGAUAUCUACUUGAACAGCUUAUGUAAGUUUUUCCUGAUUGAGAAGUAUGUUAAUUAAGUUAUAUAUAUAUUUUCUACAUCAAUACACUGUCCACUCAGGUUAUACUUUUCAUUGAAAUCUAGUAUUGUAAUACACUGGAAUUGUUUUUAAACGAUAAAACUGGUGUUUAUAUCUACUAAUGUAUAUUGUUAAUGAAAUAGAAAACUCACUUGAACUAAUAAAUUGCCUUUUAUAAG